AUUGAAAUUGAAUGAUAAGUUGAUACCAGUGUUGACCAACACUUGGAUUCAUUGAGAGAUGGAUACGAAAAGACUUUCUCUGAACCAUCAUUUGCAUGAACACAUGGACACCAUCCGCAGCUCUGCCUCAUUCAAAAUCUUCAGAAGAUAUGUGUUUUACAGACAAAUAGUCAAAUGCAUUAAUGAGUGUAAGGCACAGGCGGGUCAGGCCAAGAAGUUUGUCGAAAAUAUCAAAGACAACUCGAAACAAAGAGGAACAGAUCGCACCGAUGUAGAAGGAGACGAUUUCGACGGUUGGGGCUCUGACUUUGAUUCCGAUGAAAACGAUGAUUCAGAGGAUCUUAAGUCCAAAACAAGUCUUAUUGGAAAUAAUUUGAAGCAAAACAGCGAAGACCUGCUCUACGAACCGGUUAGUGAUUAUAUGAGCGACGGAUCGUUCACUCGACUCGACGCUCAACUCACAGACACCGAGACAAACACUCUUCAAACCCAAACCGAUAAUCACGAACCCAUUGGACAUGUGGUCCACAAUUCAAACACAUUAACCAGUGAUAAUGUAGAGUCACAUGAUAUUAACAGAGAGAACACACAGUUUAAUGGCAAUGGGGGUACUGAGGGUGGAAGUGCUUCACCUAAGCCGAGCCCAAGACUUAUGCCAAAACCUCCGACCACUAAACCAGAAGUGCCUAAAAAUAAGCCUCAAAUCAUUCCUCGAAAGCCAUUUACGAACAAUAGUGUAAAAACAGCACCAAAUCCUCAAAUCAAAAGACCGCCGUCAGAGCCACCGCCGCCUCCUCUGCCAAAGUCCCCGCCGCCCGUCUCUCCGGUCGUCAUUCCCUCGGAUCUGAACUUAAUUUUUAACGAAAGCUCCGGUUAUUCGUUAAACUCUCAAAAUAUAAGCGAAGAUACCUAUGAAUCCAUUGUCUUACCGCUUACUGAAGAUGAAUAUCUGUCGCCCAUAAGUGUAGAAAUCCCUGCCCUUAGAGAACAAAACAAGUCAUUUGCGGCCAAAACACAGUUCUUAUCGUCUCAAUCGCUUAACCAUUGUUUUGCCGACGAUUACCAAUCAUUUCGUGAAAUAAGUAAAAGUGUUGAACAGAUCCAUCAGUUGGACACUACUGAAGAGAAUUACGAAAUAGUGAACGAUUGCCAAGAAUUAAAUGGCAAUCAAUUGUCUGCUAAUCAAAGACCACUAUUGCCUAAAGUGAAGGAACCGCCAGUUGUGCCCAAAUCUAACCCCAUUUCAGAUGUCUUUUCAAAUAUUCCGAAUUGGAGUCGAAGUUCAAAGGAGAAGAAGACUGGAAGACCCGAAAGUGACACCAAUUUAGACGACCACUCAUUGAGGUCUCAGUCACUCGAGUUUAUUAAUCACAACAAUUCGUUGGGUAAUUAUCGC